GAUAUUGGAUAUUGUACUGUCCUCCUGUCCUUGUUGCUGAUAACUGGACACGUGCCCGGGUUGUAGGACACCUGCGUUACUCAAAUUCACGCGGAUGGAAGAUAAUCCGGUCGAGGAUGGCACAGACUGUGAGAGUGAAACAGACAGUUUGUUAAUCGACGAGUGUGUUGACUCAAAAUCGUUGUUAAUGAGCCAUAUUGAAUGGGUACGAAAUCAAAGGAAAAAACCUUUUGAACUUCCAGAAACAGUCAGCAUUAUUGACUGUGAUAAUCAAUGUAAGGUAUAUUUGAUCGGAACUGCACAUUUCAGUGAGGAAAGUAUCGCUGACGUCAAAAAGGUUAUGGAACAGACCCACCCGGAUAUCGUUAUGCUGGAACUCUGUGCCAAUCGCAGUCAUACCUUGACAAUGGACGAAGAGAAUAUUAAAAAGCAAUUAAAAAGCGUUAGUAUAACAUCAGUAAUUCGAAGCGUAAGUUUUAAUCGAUGAAGUGAUUGAAAACCGUCAAAUAUUUUAUCCUUUUGUGUCUAACACCAAAAUAAUAUUCAUCACAUGUCACUUGAGUUUGAUCUUGAGUAAAUGCAA